AUGGCUAUCCAGGGUAGCCCUACUCUAGGAUCUGUUUCCGAGGGGGGCUGGAGUGAUACCGGCCUGAUCUUCCACCCCCUUUCAUCGUCGCCAUAUAUCCCUCCAACUAACGCUGAAGAAGAUAGCACCCGCGAAGCCAAUGAAGGAGAAAAGCUUGCCUCUAAACGCACAUCCGAAGUGUGGGAUCAUUCUUUUUAUUCACGACAUAAAAUUACUACCAACUCAAAAGGGCAGAAUGCUGGUGGAACUGGCAAUGCAAGAACUCAUCUUAUCAAACAUCACAACCGCCAAAUUCAGACGCAGAAUGAGAAGCGUAUCAAAGGAUAUCAACAUACCAUCGAUAUGGCUCAAUUUCGCGCUCAAUCCGACGCGGCAAAUCAUAAACGUCGAAGGCUUGAUACUAGGGAUGGACAUGACGAUGGAAAGUAUCAAGGAUACGAGCUUGAUCCAGCUGUUUUAGAGCAGUUAUAUGUUGCGUGGAUCACCACUUAUUUACUCGAUAUCUUAAUAAAACAGUCGACGCAUAUCUUCCUAGUUCAGCAGAUACCAUUCGUGGAUGGACAAUUCGAACUUUUGAGGGUCAAAAAAAGAGGAUUCAGAAAGAAGUACAAGAAGCUCUCUCGAAAAAUUCACAUAACCGUUGAUCUCUGGACUUCUGGCAACCGCAAGUCUAUUUUGGGUAUUAUUGGACAUUAUAUUACAAGAGAAGGCAAGUUAAAGCACAGUGUUCUUGCAGUUCGCGAGCUCCAAGGUGCUCAUAGUGGUGAUAAUCAAGCAGCUGUUGUUGCUGAUGUACUUAUGAACUACGAGAUUGAGUAUAAAUUGGGCUUUUUUGUCGGGGAUAAUGCUCAAUCAAAUGAUACUCUUUGUAUUACUCUUUCAAAAUGGUUAGAUCUUAAUAAAUCCUUCUUUUGGGAUCCAACCUUUCGAAGACUUCGAUGCAAUGGCCAUAUCAUCAAUCUCUCUGCGCAAAGCUUUCUAUUUCCUAAUAUCCCUGAUCGCGACAACAUAGCGGCUUUGGACAACCAAAUCAAUGGUCAACUUCCAAAGGAAUUUAAUACAGAGCAGAUGAAGGUUUGGAGAAAGAAGGGGCCACUUGGCAAGCUGCAUAACAUCUCGGUUUAUAUUAGCCUGAGUACGCAGCGUCUAGAUGCGUUCAGGAUGGUUUCUGGAAAUCUACGCCUCCCCCGAGAUAACUCAACUCGAUGGAAUUCAUGGUAUCGGAUGCUAGCUCGAGCACUGAUACUACAAGAUGCUAUUAAUACUUAUACCUUGAUGAAUCGAAUAGAUCUUCAAGAUGAUAUACUUAACGACAAUGAUUGGGCACAGCUCGAAUCAUUAAUUGAGUAUUUAGAAGCAUAUGAGCAUGGUACGCUUGCUUGUGAGGGUCGAUACUCUACAGUGGAUACAAUUAUUCCAAUUACGGAAUUUUUACUUGAGAUCUUUGAGGAUGGAAGACAAAAGCACAUAAAUGAUCCAUUUCUUGGGCCAUGCUGUCAAGCUGGCUGGGACAAGCUCGAGAAGUAUUACAACAAAACGAGUGAAUCAUGUGCAUAUGUUGGAGCUGUUGUUCUUGUCCCUACUCAUAAAUGGCGAUUCUUUGAGAAGGGAGUUGUAUGGAAGAAUGAUUGGGUUGAAGAUGCUCAGACUGCUGUUCAAAAAGUCUGGGAAGAGGAAUAUAAACAGCUUGACUGCCCCUCUCUGGUUUCUCCUCCACAAAGUCAACAGAGCGAGAAAAAGAAAGAAAAUAGGUUCAAAUCCUGGUCACGGCAGCAUAUAAAGGUUCCCGAGGUUAUUGAUGAGUAUAAACGAUACUAUAAGGAACCAGUAAUGGAAAUGGACCCAGAUGAGGUAUUUAAUCCAAUUGAAUGGUGGCAGGAGUCUACAAAGCAAAAGAUGUAUCCAAAUCUUUCGAAAAUGGCUUUAGAUUUGCUCUUAAUCCCAGCUAUGUCUGCCGAGGUUGAAAGACUAUUUUCAAGCUGCAAAAUCACAAUUACAGAACGAAGGAACCGCAUUGGAAUUGAUGCUGUAGAAGCAAUUGAGUGUUUGAAGUCAUGGUUACGAGAAAAUAACGUCGCAUGGGUUGAUGAGGAUUGGAUAGACCGAUGGGUAACGGAGGUGGAGGCAGAAACACAAAAACAAAAGAGUAGCGAAGUGUAG